GCCAUUCAGUUGCUGGACACGGCAAUAGCCAGAGGCCAGUGGUUGAUGCUACAAAACUGCCACCUCCUGGUUCGCUGGCUCAGGGACCUGGAGAAGAUCCUUGAAGGACUCAGCAAACCUCACCCAGACUUCAGGCUCUGGAUCACCACCGACCCCACCCCAAGUUUCCCCAUUGGUAUUCUGCAGAGAUCCUUGAAGGUAAGACGUUUUUAUAAUGCUCCAAGUCCGACUCUUAACUGCCCUAGUUAUUCAAGUCAUGUGACCUGAAAUGUUUUGGAAUGGUGUUGCAAAUAAACAAAAAUUUCUUAGACUUAUCUGCAACCAAAAUUCACCACAGUCUGUCUCAAGUCAGUAGUAGACUGCCUGUCUCAAAUUAGUAGAAAGAAUCCCACCAGCUAUAAAAAAACCACCAAAAAAAAAUCGGCACCAGAAGUGACCACUAGCCAGGCAACUGGUAUUGCUUGACUAGUCUCCAAUGAGUCCAAGGCAGGCAUAAAUUGUCCAAAUUGUCAUAAUUAAAUAUGGACCAUAAUCCCAUGACCAUAGCCUUUGCCCCGGAUAGACCUCAACACAUGACAAUAUCCUUUUCCUUGAUAGUAACAUAUGGUAGCAUAAAUAAGUGCUUAAAUGAUUAGCAGAUUUAAUAUGCAUGUUUGGAAAAAAGAUUAUACUGAGGGCCACCCAUGUAAUAUUUGUCACAAUUCCUCAAAUUUAUUUAACUGUCUUAAUUUCUUCUUGAAGGUAUUCUGGCCUUCAUUUUUUUCCCUUCCAUAGCUAGUGACUGAACCAGCCAAUGGCCUACAUUUUUUUACCUCUCAUUGGUAGUGACUGAGCCACCCCAAUUGCUACAUUUAUUUCCCUCCCAUAGGUAGUGACUGAGCCACCCAAUGGACUGCGGCUCAACAUGCGCAGCACUUACUUGAAGAUCCCAGGAACAGCCCUAGGAGAGUGCGAGCAUCCUGCCUUUCCCUCACUUGUGUUCGUGUUGGCAUUCUUUCAUGCAGUUGUACAGGAGAGAAGGAAAUAUGGCAAAGUAAAUUAUUAAAGCAUUUUUAAAAAAAUUAAGUUUGAAAAAUCAUUGAAUGAUCUUUUGGUGUUCUUUUACAUAUACAAAAUUUUAUUAGUGUUUCAUUAAAUUGAAUUUUCUAUGCCAUUUAAAUGUUUGUUAAAUGAGAUUUUAAUAGCAGACAAAAACAAUGAAUGAGAAACUAUGAACAAUGUUGAAUCAGUUGAUCUGUUGCUUAAGUUGAUGAAAUGAUGAUCAAAUUAAAUGUUCAACCCUUAAUCCUUAGGUGGGCUGGAAUGUCAGCUACGACUUUAACGAGAG